AUGUCUCAACCUUCUAUCUCAACUCCUAGCAACCACACCAAGGAGCAAUCGAACCCUAAAAAUGUUGGUAUUGAGAUAUAUCUCUCUGAUGUCAUUACCGAUGUCGUUCCCUUCGCGAUGGUUCUUGGCCAUGCAACCCCUAUAAGGAAGGCUAGAUCAUAUGCUUCCAGAAAAUCCAAGCCCUCUAAAGUAAGUACUUAUUUCUCUCCAUCCAUGGCUGCUAGAAAUGUAAAAAUUCUAGAACCCUCUACUGCUAUAAAGAAACCCCAUUCUAUGACUAGCCUGUACCUUUAUCCCAUUAAUGUCGAACCUAAUAUUGGUUCUUCUAAAGAAUGUCUUGUUAUGCCAAAUGUUAAGAAAGAUGUUAAAGCUUAUAGAACUAGUAAUAUACCUAGGGCCCAACCUGAUAACACUACUGAAACCCCUAUGGAUAAAUCUGAUGUCAAUGUGUCUACUCAAUCUCCUGAAAAAUCGAAAGACAAAGAGGAGUCUGAUGGGAUUCCUGGUGGUCUGGAUGAAAAAGAAGGAAACUCCAUCGAUAAAAAUGAUCAAUCUACUAACAUAGUGAAUAUAGAGGAUCUGGACUCUAAUCAUGUGCCUAUUGGUCAAAGACUGGCUCCAAGAAUAGCUAAAAUGUUGAAGAACAAAAAAGGUCAAGCUAUUGAAUCCUCUAGCACGCCCUGUAAAUCUCUCAGGAGAAGAACUAGUGUUGGCCCUACAAAAAGACAGAGCAAGGUUAUUACUCCUGUCUCCCAGAAGAAAUCUCUUAAGAGGAAGGAAAUUCCUUCUGAGUCUAGUGAAUCUGACCAUGAUGUUGAACACAAUGUUCAGGAUAUCAUUUCUACUGCCAGAAAGCAAGCUUCUAGGAAGAAGAUUCCGACAAAUAUUCCUGAAGUUCAAAUUGACAACAUUUCCUUUCACUCUAUGGAGAAUGUAGAAAAAUGGAAGUUGGUUUAUCAAACAAGACUAGCAUUAGAAAGAGAACAGGGCAAAAAUGCUUUUGAAUGCAAAUAG